AUGGACAACUUUAACUUCUCACUUCCAGUUCUCAGUAGAAAACAACAAGACAUUUUUCAGAAAGCUUUUGCUGAUGAUGCUGAUUACCUGGAAACAUCUGAGAAAAUGAACCAGUCCUUCUGGGAAUUGUUAAUAAAAUGUUUAGCCACUGUUAACCCAGCCAGCCUGACCACUGAAGAAACACACAAUCUCCUUAACAGAGGCAUAAACUCAUCUGAUGAACGUGCAGCCUCCUUGAAGACCAUAGGAAAAAAAGGAGUUAAUGCAGUGGUUGUGCUUUACCUGCUGCUAAAGGUGAAAGAUCUAUCUGCCUACAGAGAGUUGCCCAGCUCCAAGAAAAAUGAUGAAAAAUUGAAACUACUUCAGGAAUUGGAAAAAAGUUUCACAUUUUCACCAGAAGAAAGUGAGGUUGAAAGGUCAUCUCGGGAGCCUGCAGAGACACAACCACGAGCCACCAGGGCUGGCAAGAAAAAAGUCUCUGUGGCAACAGUAAAACCAAUUUCUCACAAAGAAAGUCAGGAAGACCAAGACCAUGAAAAUCAAGAUGGAAGUGGUGCACCGGGAGAGAUUGUCCCCUAUAAUGAAUCAGAGAUUGCAAGACCAGAAAAUGCAACUGCUGCUGUAGGUGAAAAGGUUACCUACCUUCAGAGAUGUCAGAGACAGUGGAUAAGAAUACGGAAAAAUGAUGUGUUCUUUCAUUUUGUCAUUCUUUGCUUUGGCAUUGGAGCCGCACUAAUUAGCUAUUACCACUACAAAGACUGGACCAUUUCUCUUGGUUUUGGUUUAAUCACCUUUGCUUCCCUAGAAACCACCGGAAUAUAUUUUGGUCUUGUGCAUCGAAUUCACAGUGUCCUUGAGCGUUUCAUUCCUCUGAUUCAGAGAUUCAAAAUCCCAGGUAUUAGAAAAGUUGACUGA